AGUCUCUUGCGUUGCGUUGUGUAUCGAUUACGGUUGGAAGUUUAGCCAAAAAAACAGAAAGGAAAAUGCCCAAUAUACGUCCCCUGCCAGAGGCCCUGCAGCAAGUAGCCUGUGAGGAAUUAAAUGAAGUGCCCGAACGCAUUGAACAGGACUUAAAAGAUUUUCGAGAAUGGAUUCAAAAGCAGACCCAUUUGAGAGCUCGCACCGACGAUCAGUUUCUCAUAAGUUUUUUGCGGGGCUGUAAGUACAGCAUGGAAAAGGCCAAAUCGAAAAUUGACAAAUACUAUACGCUGAGAACAAAAUAUCCCGAUUUUUAUACCAUACAAAAUGUUGAUGAUCCCAAAAUGAUUGAACUCUUUAAUUUGGGAAUUGGUAUUAAUCUGCCCACACCACUGAAUGAAACCGGUCCUCGUAUAAUGUACAUAAGAACAGGAUUAUAUCCCACCGAUAAAUUUACCUUUGCCGAUGUCAUGUGCUUGGCCAAUGGCACCCAGGAAAUCACCAUACUCAACGAUGACUACACCGUGGUCAAUGGAUAUGUGCAAAUUUUAGAUAUGGCCAAUUUCACCACCGCCCAUAUGCUGCAGAUGACUCCCACGGUGAUCAAAAAGAUGUCAACUUUUGCCGAAGAUGCCACACCCUUACGUCAGAGGGCGGUACAUGUCAUCAAUGCUCCGGCAGCUUUGGACAAACUUUUCAAUAUGGCCAAAUCAUUUAUGCCGCUCAAACAACAGCAAAGGCUACAAAUGCAUGGCAGCAAUUGGCAAUCAACUUUGUUCGAACACAUUCCCCAAAAAUAUCUGCCCAAAGAGUUGGGUGGAGAAAAUGGCUCUCUGGAAGAAAUCAAACAAAACAAUUGGAAAAUAUUUCAAGAGCAUCGCGAUUUCUUUAUCGAAGGUCUAAAAUAUGGAGUAGAUGAAAAAUUGAGAAUUGGUUCAGUACCUGAUUAUGAUCAAAUAUUCGGAGUUGAAGGUUCAUUCCGUAAAUUGCAAGUGAGAAGCAUGGCUCAAAUAAAACCGCUGCCCGAAGCAUUGCAAAAGAAUGCCAACGAAGAAUUGGGAGAAGUUCCAGAGAGGAUCCCUCAGGAUUUAGCAGCCUUCAAGGCAUGGAUUAUACAGCAACCACAUUUAAGAGCUCGUACCGAUGAUCAAUUUCUGAUACAAUUUCUCAGAGGCUGCAAGUAUAGCCUGGAGAAGGCGAAGCGUAAAAUCGAUUUGUUUUAUGCCUAUAAGACUAAGUAUCCCGAAUUAUUUGUUGUUAGUGAUGUCGACAGUGCGCAAUUUCGGAAACUUCACAGCACGGGCUUUUAUGCACUUUUGCCUAAGCCCCUACAUGAAAAUGGUGCCCGCAUUGCAGUUGUUCGGUUAAAUUUCUCUUCACAAGAAUUCAAUACCAUCGAAGCGAUGCGAUAUUGCGAAGCCAUGCUGGAAAUGAUGCUGAUGAAUGACCCCUACGCCUGUAUUAAUGGUUUAGUAGCUGUAAUGGAUUUAUCUGCAGCCACGACUACCCAUCUUAUGCAAGUCUCUAUUAAUGUGGCCAAACAAUUUGGCGAUUUCUACGAGAAAGCAUUACCUAUACGCCUUAAGACAUUGAUUUUCAUAAAUAUUAGCAAGCAUGUACAUCAUAUUCUCAAAAUGUUGUUGCCAUGCUUGCCGGAAAAAUUAAAAAGCAGAAUUGUUAUAUGUGAUACAAAUUUUGAGAAUUUGGAGAAAAGCCUACCUAGACAAUACUUGCCUAUAGAAAAUGGUGGUGAAAAUGGUUCCAUCGAUCAGUGGCACAUUGAAAACGGCAAACUGUGGGAUGAGAAUCGAGACUUCUUUAAGGAGAAUGUACAAUAUGGCACCGAUGAACACCUUCGCAUUGGCAAAAACCCAUACUUCAAUGAUGACCUGGAUCAAACAACCAUAGACUAUACAACACUAGACAUGGCUCAGAUUAAAGCACUUCCCGCAGAUCUACAAAAAAUUGCCAUCGAAGAAUUGGGUGAGGUGCCCGAGAGAAUACCACAGGAUUUGAGGGACUUUAAGGCAUGGAUCGAGCAGCAACCACAUUUGAGAGCCCGUAUGGAUGAUCAAUUUCUAAUUCAAUUCCUGCGAGGAUGCAAAUACAGUCUAGAAAAGGCCAAAAAGAAGAUCGAUAUGUUCUUUGCCAUGAAGUCCAAGUACCCAGAUAAUAUGGGCUUAACUGAUGUGGAUGAUAUACAAAUUCGUAAACUUCACAACACAGGAUUUUACACUGUCCUACCUACACCCUUACAUGGAUCCGGCCCGCGCUUGGUGUUACUACGUUGUAAUUAUUCGCCGCAUGAUUUUUCUAUUGUCGAUGUAAUUCGAUAUUGUGAAGCAAUAUCUGAGAUAUUGAUAAUGGAAGAUCCUUAUGCCUGUAUCAAUGGCAUUGUAGCUGUGGUGGAUAAUUCGCAAGCCACAGCCAAUCAUUUUAUGCAAAUCACCAUUAAUAUUGCCAAACAGUUUGUCAAUUUCCACGAGAAAGCCUUUCCCAUGCGAGUGAAAAAGAUUUGCUUCAUUAACAUCUCGAUGCCUGUUCGCCAGUUUAUAAAUCUAAUGCUGCCUCACUUGCCAGAAAAGUUUAGGAAAAGAUUAAUAUUUUGCGGUAUGGACAUUGAGGAAUUAGACAAGGACAUACCCAGAAAGUAUUUACCCAUUGAGUAUGGCGGCGAAAAUGGUUCUGUUAAGCAAUGGCCAAUCGAAAAUGAAAAAAUUUGGGAAGAAAAUCGAGAAUUUUUCAAAGAGAAUGAAAACUUUGGCACCGAUGAGAAAUUGCGAAUUGGCCAACCGCUAAAUUUUGAUGCUGAUUUGGGCAUUAGUGGUUCAUUUAGAAAGCUUGAUCCGUCGCCCCUUGGCACUUGGCACUACAGUAUGGCUCAAAUUAAAGUCCUCUCUCCAGAAUUACAAAAGAAUGCCAUUACAGACUUGGGUGAAGUUCCUGAAAGGAUACCUGAAGAUUUGCAAGCAUUUAAAACAUGGAUCAAACAACAGCCACAUCUUAAGGCACGUACCGAUGAUCAAUUUCUCAUACAAUUUCUUAGGGGCUGUAAGUACAGCCUGGAGAAGGCCAAACAGAAAUUGGAUAUGUUCUAUGCCUUGAAGACCAAAUAUUCCGAACUAUUCAAUCCCAUUGAUGUAGAUAGUGAACAAUUUCGAAAACUUCACAACACUGGAUUUUAUUCUGUUCUCCCCAGGCCUUUGAAUGAUUGUGGUUCUCGUAUUGUGGUUUUGCGUUACAAUUACAACUCUCAGGAUUUUAAUGCCAAUGAAUUGAUUCAAUUUGGUGUAGCCGUCAUCGAAGUUAUGCUAAUGAAUGAUCCAUAUGCUUGCGUCUAUGGAGUCAAGGCCAUAUUUGACAUGAGCGAGGCCACCGCCAGUCAUCUAAUGCAAUUCACCCCAAAUAUAACCAAACAAUUUGCCCUUUUCUUCGAGAAAGCUUUUCCUAUACGUUUAAAAAGUUUAUGCUUUAUAAAUCUAUCGAAAUAUUCCCAUCAGUUUUUUAAUAUAGUGCUGCCCCAUAUAACGGAGAAAUUCCGGAAGAGAGUAGUUCUUUGUGGAAAAAACAUCGAGGAUUUAGUUGAGCAUGUUCCUAAAACCUAUUUACCCAUUGAAUAUGGAGGAAAAAAUGGUUCACUGGAUCAACUUUAUAUUGGCUAUAACAAAGUUUGGGAUGACAAUAGGGAAUUCUUUAAACAAAAUGUCAAAUAUGGCACCAAUGAAACUUUGCGUAUUGGUGAACCUAUGAAUUUUGACAGUGAUCUAGGAUUAUCGGGAAGUUUUCGAAAACUUAAUGUUGAUUAAGGAGCAAGAAAAUUAUUGGUCUCUUCUACUAUCAAAAAUUACAUUUUUAGAAAUUUUUUAAAGGGGUUCCACAUUUAAUUUAAAUACACUUAAAAUAGUCUA